CCCGCUCGCUCUCCUCCCUUUUCCUUGUCAUCACUGUCACUCCGGGACUCACUCCCGCACAGUCACACAGCAUCGGUACACCGCGCUCCGUUAACUGCUUUAGUCUGUCUCGUCGCCAUUGCAAGACGCGUGAGAGAGAAUGCAUGACACCUUACUGCGCGUACAGUAAAGAAAAAGGACAAGGAGAUUCACAAUAUAUUGGAACCUUAGAACCACAUCCCUGUGCCACAUUCCGUGAGAUCCUGACGUUCGCGCUUCCCUGCGAGGAGCAAUCGGAAUUCCAGGAGCGCCGGAUGAAAGAAGGGAUUAUUCCCAGCGGGGGGAAGGAGGAUCACCUGCUUUUGUUUUGCUAAGGAUCCCUGCACGCAAUCGCCUCGCUGGACUCACCUAUGAAGGGAAGUUUAGCAAAGUACAGGUCCCUGCUUCCAUUUCAGGAUCAGGCUUAUUAAACCAGUACAAUUGUGUUCAUAAAUAUAUACAUAUAUAUAUAAUAUCCACAGUAGUUGAAUCAAUUCUGCUACAUAGCACUGCUUACUAAUUACUGGGUCGCCAGUUGUCUCUGAUGCUAGUUAUAAAGAUCAACAUUGAUUGAUUAGUGUCACGACCUGAUUUCCUUUCUGCUAAAGAGAUCUGGCUAGUAGAGCUCAGCUUAUUUCUAUUCUUGUCUUUUUAAGGGAAGAACUUCAGUUUUAAAAAGGCUGGGAUCUGAUUCCAGUGGGAAAAACAACCCCCCCCCCCCCCCCCCCCCAAAAAAAAAAUUCUAAAAUCUAAAUUCUGGGUAACAGUGUCAAAGCCAAGAAGAUGCCGGCUAAGACCCCCAUCUACUUGAAAACCUCCACUCCAAAGCGGGGUAAGAAACUCAAGCUGCGGGACGUCCUGUCCGUGGAUAUGAUCAGCCCCCCUCUGGGUGAUUUCCGUCACAGUGCCCAUGUGGGGCCGGCAGGGGAGGGGGACAUGUUCGGGGACGUGAGCUUCAUGCAGGGCAAGCUGGAUUUGCUCCCGGAGACGGGCAGGAGAGCCAGCGAGGAGGCAGCCCAGGGCAGGACUCUCAGAGAUGAGUUCCUGGCUGGGAAAAAGAACCACAGCGGCUCCCUGCUCAAAAGCGCCGUCUCCCUGCCCGCCUUCGGACAGGAGCUUCCUCCGCCCAAGCCUCCCAGGCUGCACCUGGACGACUGCCCGGGCCUGAGGUUCAUGUCGGUGAGCCACUCUGCGGAGACUGGGGUCUGUUUCCGCGGCGACGAGGAGCUGAGUUACUCCACCUCUGUCUCGGCUGGUUUCGGGCACCUGCUGGCUUCCUCCAGCUCGCUCUCUGAGGGUUCCUCCUCCAGCUCCGAGGAGAUGGGGGCAGGCUGUUCCUGCUACGGGCCCCUGGGCCCCAGCAGGGGGCUGAGUCUCGACUCAGAUGCAGGCCUCAGCAACGAGGACCUCCUGAGCGAGAUCAGAGAGCCCGCCGACGUCCCCAAGUCAGAGUCUGUCUUCAAGAUGGAUCUGGACCUGGGACCGUCCAUCCUGGAAGACGUCCUGAGGAUCAUGGACGCCUAUAAGUUGCGGGGCAGGCACUGUGAGCUGUAGACGGGACCUCCGAACCUCCCAUUUUGGGGGUUAAUAAUUGGAAAUGGUCUUUUUGCUUGACGAUCUCAGCGUGUGUGUUUUCAAUCACAAGUCAUUUAUAACAAAACAAAAGAAAAAAAUCCUUUAACAGAUUUCUGUUUUAUAUUGUAUAUUAUAUAUGAGUAUUUAUGAAAGGCGUUUUUUGCUGCCUGCAGUUUUCUCCCAUCUCCUGCAGGGUGCAUCCAAGACGAUCAUGCUUAUAGUGACAUCUAGUGGUGGUUAAGGGGAAGUGCAGCAGGAUAAAACGUGCUACCAGACAAAAAAAACAAAAAGCAAACUUCAACAGAUUGAGAUUUGAAUUACAGAUGAAGUCGGGAACUAUACGCCAACAGUUGGCUGCAGAAAACAAUUAAGACAGAAACGUACAAAAAAAGAAAAAAAAAACACUUGAUUUUAUUUUUUUUGUAUCGAGGGUUUAUCUCUGAAUGCUUCUGCUUUCAUUUGGGCAGUGAAACAAACACAAAAAUGUUAUUCUAAAUCUGCAAACCUGGAAAAAGACGUUGUUCUGUCUGCAUAGUGUAGCAAAUGACUCCGGUCUCUAUUUAUGUUAGAAACUCGCUUUAUCUGGGUUCUGACAGCUUUUUAUUGUGCUUUUUGUGUUGUGUUGUAAUAUGUUGUACUGUAUACAUUUCACCUCAAUGUGAACGGGAGGCAAACGUCUUUUUGUGUCCUUGGGGUUCCUGAACUAAAUAAAAAAUAAAUCAACAAAA